CACAAUCCAUUAUUGAAUUGAGAGUUGAGAAUCCAAGUUAAGUGAAGUCCAUUAAGAAUUAACAUCAGCACAGCUGCCUGUCACCUCAAGGGUUGCGGGUUUGGUCCAGGGUCGGAUCACUUCCCGAUGUGAUAAAGAUAACAGCUCUAACAGCACUAGUCCUGAAUUUUCUCAUUCUACGGUCAGAAGAAAGGUAGUUCAUAGGCAGGAGCCAGGUAUAACUGUCCAACAUUCCUCUGAAGAGCUUCAUUAUGGAACUGGAGCUGAAUGAUGGUGAUGAUAUUGAGAGAGCAGACGUGGUUGUUAUAGGAGCUGGCAUUAGUGGGCUGUGCGCUGCUAAAUUGCUUAGGGAAGAAGGUCUUGAUGUCAUUGUCUUAGAGGCCAGGGACAGGGUUGGAGGAAGGACUUUCACUGCCAGGGGUCCCUCCUUUGGCUAUGCUGAUCUUGGUGGGUCCUACGUUGGACCGACUCAGGAUAGGAUCAUCCGCCUUGCAAAGGAGUUGAAUGUCAACACCUACAAGGUCGAUGACCAAGGAAAAACAGUUAUGAACACUUGUGCUGGUUGGACCACAAUGCUUUCCACGAUCCCAGCCACGUACAAUCCCAUUUGUUUACUCGAUCUCAACAAUACCAUCAGGACAGUCAAUGCACUUGCCAAACAGGUUCCUUUGGAAGCACCGUGGGACGCCCCACUUGCAAAAGAAUGGGAUUCGAUGACGGUGGCUCAGUUUGCAGAUAAGAUUUGUUGGACAAAAUAUGCAAACGAGACCCUUUUGGUUUUCCUGGAGGCCCUGUUGACAUCAAACGGAUGUGAAGUCUCCUUUCUAUAUAUGCUUUGGUAUGUGCAUAGUGGUGGUGGUGUGGAGCGUCUGGCGUCGAUAGAAAAUGGGGGACAGGAGAGGAAGUUUGUUGGUGGAUCACAGCAGAUCUCUGAGAAAAUGUCCGAGAUCCUUGGUGACCGAGUGAAGUUGUCUUCUCCGGUCAUAAAAAUCGAUCAAACUGGGGAAGAAGUGGUAUUGACGACUGAGCAUGGAAAACAAUACAGCGCCCCUCAUGUGAUAAGCGCCAUCCCUGUCUCACUACACAAUAAGAUCACCUUCCGUCCGUCGCUACCAGCUGCCAAGGUCCAGCUGAGCAUGCGCAUUCCCAUGGGCUGUAUCAUCAAGACCCACAUGUAUUAUGACAAGCAGUAUUGGAAGGAGAAAGGUCUAAGUGGAACAGUGGUUUCUACCAGUGGUCCAGUAGGUAAUUGUAUGAAUGAUACAAAGCCCGACGGAUCAUUUCCUUGUAUUAUGGGCUUUGUUCUGGCAGAUAAAUCCAAAGAAUUGGCAUCAUUGUCAAAAGAUGAAAGGAAGCGACGCCUCACUGACCACUACGUCAAAAUGUUCAAGACGGAGGAAAUGAGACACCCUGUAGGAUAUGAGGAGCUGAACUGGAUGGAGGAGGAAUACAGCGGCGGUUGUUAUGUCGGAGUGAUGCCUCCAGGUGUCCUCACCUCAUUUGGACCUAUGUUACGAGAGCCAGUUGGUAAUGUUCAUUUUGCCGGCACAGAGGCGGCUACAGUUUGGGCGGGAUAUAUGGAUGGUGCGGUACAGUCAGGAGAAAGAGCUGCAAGAGAGAUCCUCCACAAACUUGGUCGCAUUUCCCAAGAAGAAGUUUGGCAAGAGGAAGCGCCCUCUACAGAUGUCCCACAUACUCCAAUUACCGAACUUGCCAUCGAGAAGUUUUUGCCGUCCGUUGAUUCUAAUGUUAGAUUCUUCACUGUGUUGUUUAGUGGUAUAUUUCUGUGGGGUUUCUUUCGGUUCUUUGAUGUAAGCUUCAAAGGAUUUUGAAUCGUUACCGUUACUUCUAUUGUGUAUUGAUUGCUAUUUUUAGUUGGCUUUAAUGGGCUUUUUAGUUGCAAAAAACUGCCUAAAGAAAGAUUGCUUUGAAAAGAUAUUCCAUUUCAAAACUACCGUGUGUAUUAAUAAACGCCCUGUAUCAGAAAUUCACUAUCUGUUGUGGUGAUGUCGUUCAUGUAGAUUUUAAACUAACAAAAAUAUUAAUAAACUUUCUGUAUACGAUAUAUAUCGGUUGAGCUUCUGGCUUGUGUCAGUUUAAAACUAUCAAGAAUAUCAAUGAACGCCCUAAGAAAUUGACUAUCUGUUGUACUACUGGUUCAUGUAGAUUUAAAACCAACAAGAGUAUUAUAAACACCAUGUAUAAGAAAUUGACUGUCUACAUGUAUGUAUUGGGCUGCUGAAUUCUUGUAGAUUUGCUGAUGCAAUGUUUGUGAGUUGAACAGUAUGCCUACUGGAAUUGAAUUCUAUGAACUUUUGUAUCAUUUUGUGUAGAAUUAGUGACGAACUUUGAGCACCAGCCAUCAGAGUUAAUCAGGUUUCAAAGUCAUAUGAAUGCUACAUUUAGAUAGAUUUUGCUAUCACAUUCCAUGUUAUUUCUAUUUAUCCUUUACUGUUAACACAGAAACAUUCUUGGCCAUUCGAUUGGGGUUUUGUGAAAUUGCAACUACGCCAUACUUUUAAUUUAGCAUUUUGACAACCCCGUGACAAUAAUUUCGGUUAGAAUUUCUUGAGUUUCUAGAGCCUGAAAUAUGGCUUGGAAUUCUUUGAAGUUUGUUUUUUUUCUUUAAAAAGCGUCGCAACCAAACAGGAAUGCUGAAUUCACCAUGGUAAACUCCGAUUUUGCCACGGUGAAUCUGAGAUAUUAUUCGUAAUGGACACCCCAACUCCCUUGUGACCUUACACACUGCGAUGUCGUCUGGGAUCUUAAAAGUCCUUCCAACCCAGGAAAGCAACCGGUUCCCCACAAAGGGAAUUUGUAACCUGUCAUGGAUUUGCUCUCUCAACCUACGACCAAGUGAUUUCUGAUUAAUAUCAAAUCGUGUGAAAAAUGCUUACCAUGAAGUGGUGAAAUGAGUUUCCAAGGCUGAAGGAUUGGUUGAAGAUGUAGUCUCAUAUUGUUUGACCAGGCUUGUUGUCGUAUGUGACCUGUUCUAGCAAGAGGAGAUGGAGACUACCAAAAUCUCCCAGAUGCAGGACAACAUCUUAACCUUAAAUUUAUUAUUACAGUAGAAUCUCUCUAUCAAGGACACCCUCGGGACUGACAAAGGAUAUCCUUAAUAGAGAGGUGUCCUGAUUAGAGAGGUCAAAUUGAAUGGAAACAACCCAUUUUGGACCAAAGCUAGUGACCUUAACUCUUUCAGUGCCCAGGAUUUGGGCAUUUUUGGGCAUUGUCACUACCCAAAAUCUCACAAAAAUAAUUGAGAUACACUCAUCAAAAUUCUUCAAAACCUUUGUCUUUACCUCCUGUUUCAAUAAAACAGCAGUAAUAAGUAGAGGCAUACUAGGAUUAUGUUCUAAAUUUGUUUGAGGGAGUGGUAUUUUUGGCCGAUUUUCACCAUUUUUCACCUAAAAUGAGGGGUGGCAAACCCCACCCCACCCUCUCAGUCGAAAAAAUUAUUCAAUUUGGACGCCCCAGGCCAGAGAAACCAUAUGAACCACAUUUGAGUAGCUGGGGACAUCUGGUGUCGUCUGGAGGAACUAAAAUACCUUAAUAUUUAGGACGUACAUGUACGUCCUUGGCACUGAAAGAGUUAAUAGAGAGGGUGUCCUUUAAGAGAGGUGUCCGCCUAGGGAGGUUCCACUGUAUUGUUAUCAUUAGGUUAAUUGUUGUUCCAACCCAUGAAAUCAUCCCUAGACAAGGUCACCGAAGAAGUUUCCAGGUAGAAGUAAAAGGUUUGGGUAGAUUUCUCUUACUUUAACUCUCUUUUUCUGGUGAAUAAACUGUUUAAAUUUGA